UUCCUUUAAAGCGCGAUCUGUUUGAUUGUAUCGGAAGAUCGAACUUAAUUUAAUAUCGCCGGGUUUAUGCGGGAAUCGCCGACACGUAGCUUGCUUAGAAUGUAAAAAAGCUACAUUCACGUGUGUUUAAACUAAGCUAUUUUCAUUUGGUUUUACUUUAGCUAAACCCUAGACCUAGACAAACUAUGCACAAAGGGCGAUGACAAGUUGGCGGUGUGAGUGGAAACAGAAGCAUUGUUCAUGUGGCUGAACAAGAACAACACCUCACAGCUAACGUGGAAAGAAAUGGAUCUCGGUGCUUGAACAGAGGGUUCAGAUUCCAAGUAAACACUGAGAGCCUUAUCGCAAGGGCUCAGCACGUGCACGUUGCCGUGAGUAAGUGACACGUCCCCGUGGAUCUUGCUGUGGACUCCUGCCCCGCCAAGUGAUGUUCAAAGCUUAUCUCAGUCAACCGGAUUGAGUAUUAUAGCUAAUUACUGACCUGAUAAUGUUAACAAGUUAAUAUAGAUGCUAAAUGGCAGGCCAAUGUUAGCUAAUGAACUAUAAGGCAAGUUAACAAAGAAACCAGUUUAACCUAUAAAACGUAGCAGCUAUCCAGUGAGCCUUCCUCUCUCAGUCACUCUUGGAGGACUGUUGCUGAGGUCUGGUAUGGCUGUUCGGGGAGGAUGUGGGUUCAGGUCGGAGAUGGCCCCUCUGCAGUAGCUGUGUGUUGUGGACAGCUGGUCCUGGCAGUCCUGUAUGGCGUGCCCGGUCCAGUUCCUGUGCAGGGGGCUGCGCACUGUUGGAUUAGUUCUUCUCUACUAUGUCUUCUCUAUAGGCAUCACAUUCUAUAACAAAUGGCUAAUGAAGGGCUUCCAUUACCCCCUCUUCAUGACUUUAGUUCACCUCACCAUCAUCUUCUGUCUGUCAGCUCUGACACGACAGGCUGUGCAGUGGUGGACAGGGAAACCUCGUGUUACUCUGAGGUGGAAAGAGUACCUCAGAAAAGUAGCACCCACAGCCAUCGCAACAGCGCUGGAUAUCGGACUUUCCAAUUGGAGCUUCCUCUUCAUCACCAUUAGCCUGUAUACCAUGACCAAGUCCUCAGCAGUGCUGUUUAUCCUGUUUUUCUCUCUGGUCUUUAAACUGGAGGAGCCGAACCCAUUUCUGAUCCUGGUGGUCCUGUUGAUCUCCUGCGGUCUCUUUAUGUUUACCUUUGAGUCGACCCAGUUUAACCUGGAAGGCUUUAUUCUGGUGCUCCUAGCAUCCUUCAUAGGGGGGAUUCGAUGGACCCUCACUCAGGUCCUCACGCAGAAAGCAGAGCUGGGCCUUCAAAACCCAAUAGAUGCCAUGUACCACCUCCAACCUCUCAUGUUCCUUGGGCUCUUUCCCCUCUUCCUGUUUAAUGAAGGGCUGAGCCUCAGCACCUCAGAGAAGUUAUUCCGGGUGACGGAGCUCUCGCCUCUCCUGUAUUCCCUCUUCACAUUAAGCAUCGGCGGUUCACUGGCCUUUGGUUUGGGCUUCUCUGAGUUCCUGCUGGUCUCCCGAACCUCCAGCCUCACCUUAUCCAUAUCAGGGAUCUUUAAGGAAGUGUGUACUCUGCUUUUAGCCACUUUUCUGAUGGGAGACAAAAUGAGUAUGCUUAACUGGCUGGGAUUCGCUGUGUGUCUGUGUGGUAUUUCAUUACACGUGGGACUCAAGACAUAUUAUUCCAAAAAUAAGGGUCCUUCUUUAAGGCAGCUCAAGAGUAAGAGCCCAGAACUCGAGCUGCCGUUACUGCAGCGAAAUGGGGAUGAAAAUAAGGACUCGGCUACUGAUGAAUGUGAUGAUGAAGAAGAAGAAGAGAUCACUCUACACUGACAGGACUCGGACACGGUCUCCAUGCUGCACAUUCCUUCCCUACUCUUGUGUUAGAUGGUUCGAACAGUGAUGUCAGAGAAGUGUUUCCAGGUUUGGGACUCUUUGUCCCCACCACGAGUCACAGUCUGGCUCAGGGCCUCCUUAUGGGCUCUAUAUUUACAUGAUACUUUAAACGUGGCACAGUUGAUAACAUUUUACCUUCAAAAUGUAGCAGAUGCAUGCAUGCAUUAACAAAGCACGAAUGUGUGGAGAGCAAAGGAGUAAACUCCAGCUUUAACAGGACACUUUGGCACCUCGACUCUGGUGGAUCAGUUCUCCGUCAGCUCUGCAGUGAACACAUAUUCACACACCAUUUCAUAUAUUUGACCGCUGACAAAUUAUUAUGGAUAAUUUAUUUCAUGGACAAAUGCUGAUGAGGCAGAGUGCAAACUUUUAUAUUAUAAGUUAUUGAUGGUAAAAAUGGAUUACUGUGCUUCCUUUGAUUCUUAUUUCUUUGGUUGGCUUUGUAAUUAGAUUUAGAUAAUGAAAGACUGCAGGGGUUCAGUGAAUUAAAUCCUGAGGUUACUUUUUAGUUUAGUCAGUUAACUGCCAUCAAAAUUUCAUUUUAAAAAAAUUUAUUGUUUUGCGUUCUUUGGGGCUUCGGGUUUUUUUUCCAAUUAACAAUCCCAAACUCAGAGAUAAUCAGAUUGAUUUUGUAUUGUUUGAAUCAGCUGUUUAAUGCAUGAAGGUCUCUGUAUGUCAGAGAUCUCAAUAAUGAUAAAGUACUAAACAUUACAAAGACACUAGUCAGCUUUUACAGAGCUCAGAUUGAUGUCAGGACUUUUGCUUAAAAUUCGAACUUUGCUAAUGGAGUUAAAAUAUUCAUUGAUUGCAUAUUUUAAUGUGUUGAGUUGAAGAGUGUUUAUUGAAUUGGACAAUAAUUGUCUACAGGCUUUUUGAGUCAUAAUUUGAUUUGUCAUGAAUAGUGAAACUGACCUUUAAUGUGCCUUAUAAACAGAUGGAAGGAACUAUUUUAAUAACUGAUGAUGAUUUUGUUAGAGUUUAAAGCCAUUUCUAAAUGUUUGUUUUUGUUUUUUUUGUCAUGAUUUUCUUUAAAUGCAGUGUUGUUUGAGUGUUAUUUCAGAAAAUAAACUAAAAAUUGGUUUUCGUUA